AUGGCGCCGAAGAAGGAGCAACUUGCAGACACCAAAAAGAGAAAGCGAAUCAACACUGAAUCUCACAAAUCCCCUUCCAAGCCAAAGGUUACCAAGUUCGUUCCCUCAAAAAAGCCCAAACCACACUCCGACGAUAAAGAGAAGAAGACAGUUCCCCUUACCGGCCGAGAACGUCGAAUCAAUGCCAAGGAACUUGCAGAUGCUAGAAAAAAGAAGAGAAGACGCCAUUAUACUCUUGAACAAGAUCUUGCACGACUAUGGGAAAAGAUGAGGCGUCACGAGAUUGCGAAAGCAGACAGAUCUAAGUUGGUGACAGAAGCUCUAACAAAAAUGAAGGGGAAGAUUCAUGAGAUUACAGGGUCUCACAUUACUUCUCGUGUCCUUCAGACUUGUGUCAAACAUUGUUCACAAGCUGAAAGAGAUGAAGUAUUUGAAGAGCUACGUCCUCAUUUUCUAACUCUAGCAUACAAUGCAUAUGCAGUUCACUUAGUAAAGAAAAUGCUUGACAAUGCCUCGAAGAAACAACUGGCAGGCUUUAUCUCCACACUUCGUGGUCAUGUUGCUCCUCUUCUUCGCCACAUGGUUGGAUCCGUUGUUGUUGAGCAUGCAUAUGACUUAGCAAGUGCCGCACAAAAACAAGAGCUGCUUUUGGAAUUAUAUUCCACAGAGCUCCAGUUGUUUAAGGACUUAGUCUCGGCGAAGGAGACCAGAUUACUAGAUGUAAUGUCCAAGUUGGGUCUACAAAAAGGUGCAGUUUCACGUCAUAUGUCUUCCGUGAUUCAGCCAAUUUUAGAGAAAGGGAUAGUUGAUCAUUCUAUCUUACACAGAGUCUUACUGGAAUACUUUAGCAUUGCUGAUAAGUCCUCUGUCACAGAUAUCCUCCAACAGUUGUCAAGUCCACUUCUUGUCAGAAUGAUUGGUACCAAGGAUGGAGCCAAAAUUGGAGUACUUUGUCUGAAAUAUGGGAAUGCCAAGGAAAGAAAGAAGAUCAUUAAAGGAUUGAAAGGGCAUGUAGGAAAAACGGCUUUUCAUCAACAUGGGUGUAUGGUGCUGGUUUCCAUCCUUUCAGUUGUUGAUGACACAAAACUGAUAACAAAGGUUAUCAUUCGUGAGCUUCAAUCAAUUCUGAAGGAGCUUGUUUUGGAUAAGAAUGGAAGACGUCCUUUACUCCAACUACUGCAUCCCAAUUGUUCACGUUAUUUCAGUCCCGAUGAACUCGCAUCUAUGAAUUCAUCUAUACCUUCUCUUUCUCUCAAGGAUCAGUCAGAAGCAAGCUCACAGACAGAAAAUUCCAAGGUUUCAAUUGAUGACAAUGAUUCCAAGGAAGACAUAGAAGUGAAAGUGCCCGAAGUUAAUGAAGAUAAAACUUCUGAGGAUGAUACUGACCUAGCUGAGAGUGGAAAGAAAGACCCAUUUGUCAGAAGGCAAGAGCUAUUGAUCAACAGUGGACUUGCAGAGAGUCUUCUUGAUAUAUGCAUUGAGAAUGUAGGAGAACUGAUACGGUCAAAUUUUGGCAAAGAGGUCAUAUAUGAGGUUGCAACAGGGGGUUUUGGAGGCAUACUGCAUCCAACUUUGGAUGAUAAGAUUAAUUCUCUCCACAAAGCAAUAGCAUCUCUUGCAGGAGUGCCUAAGUCAGAAGAUUCCCAAGAGGAGCAUGUCUUUGAAAAUUUCUUUUCAAGUAGGACCAUCAGAAAACUAAUUUUGGAUUGCCCUGACUUUGCUUCCGUCUUAUGGGAGGAAGCUUUAAAAGGGAAAACUGAGUUAUGGGCCCAUGGUCAUAGUUGUAAGAUUAUCCUUGCUUUUUUGGAAUCAUCAGACUCAAAGGUACAAAAGCUUGCAAAAAAAGAGUUGCAGCCUUUGAUUGAUAAUGGAACUCUCAAGAACCCAAAGUCUAAAGAACAAGCAAGCCAAUAA